AGCAUGGCGAGUAGGGGGAGAACUCACACUUUCUCCUACUUAUCAAUGGGGACAAAAGCAACAUGCCUGGGAGUCGUACGAUUAUUAUUUAUUGCAUUUUCUCACGUAGUGCAAGCCAACAAACAAGCAUUCAUCCAGUCAGACACAAUUUUAGAGGUACUACAUUUUGGAGAAGGAGGUCUCUUACAGACAGAGUCCGACAUUGGACUUAGUUCAUAUCAUCAAAAAAGCGCAUCCCUGCACCGGGGGAACUGCCGGCCCAUACGGUUCGAGCCACCGAUGUUGGAUUUCCACGAACAGCCCGUGGGGAUGCCUAAAAUGGAGAAAGUUUACUUACACAAUCCUAGUUCAGAAGAAAAGAUCAUAUUAAUAUCAAUAUCAGCAACUACUGCACAUUUUCAUGCAUCCUUUUUUCAGAACGGAGUUAUACCUCCGGGAGGAAACACAUCGUUCGAUGUGGUCUUUCUUGCACGGGUGGUAGGAAACGUAGAAAACACGUUAUUUAUUAACACGUCAGACCAUGGGGUCUUCACAUACCAGGUGUUUGGCGUUGGCAUCCCAAACCCCUACAGGCUGAGGCCCUUCAUUGGGGCCAGAAUACCAGUGAACAGCAGCUUCUCACCGCUGAUAAACAUCCACAACCCACACAGUGAACCACUGCAGGUUGUAGAAAUGUACUCCAGUGGGGGGGAUUUACACCUGGAGCUGCUGACGGGCCAGCAAGGAGGGACCCGCAAAUUAUGGGAGAUUCCCCCGUUCGAAACGAAGGGGGUGAUGAGAGCCAGCUUCUCCUCGCGGGAUGCAGACAACCACACGGCCUACCUCCGGAUCAAAACCAACGCCUCCAGCGAGGAUGAGUUCAUCAUCCUGCCUGUGGAGGUGGAGGUGACCAAGACACCUGGUAUAUAUUCCUCCAUAGAGAUGCUAGACUUUGGUACGCUACGAUCGCAAGAUCGGCCAAAACAAUUGAAUUUACAUCUUCUAAAUUCAGGAACAAAAGAUGUACAAAUUACAAGUGUCCGAUCAACACCACCAAAUGAAGCGAUUAAGAUAGAUUACACGUCAGUCACGCUAAAAGCUGGAGAAAAUAAUUAUACCAAAGUUGCAAGUAUAAGUUUCGAUGCAUCAAAAGCACGGAGACCGUCUCAGUUUUCCGGAAAAAUAACAGUGAAAGCCAGAGAGAAAACAUACUCCAAACUUGAAAUUCCCUACCAAGCAGAAGUGUUAGAAGGGUACCUGGGGUUCGAGCACACAGCCACCCUGUUCCACAUACGGGACAGCCCCACAGACCCCGUGGAGAGGCCCGUCUUCCUCACCAACACCUUCAGCUUCGCCGUCCGCAUCCACAGCGUCUUCCUGCCCGACGAGGCCAAGACCAUGUUCAGAAUCCAGAACUUCAGCCAGCCCGUCCUGAUCCCUCCCCGGGAGUCGCGCUACAUCUUCUCCCUGCACUUCCAGCCCAGCCGGCCCUCCCUGCACAUCGACAGCAACAUCCUGCUCGUCACCAACGCCUCCAAGUUCCACCUGCCCAUACGCGCCUACACCGGCUUCCUGGAGCCUUUCGCCCUGCCGCCCAGUCUCAGCCAGCACUUCCUGGACUUCAGCGUUCUCAGCGCCACUGACUCCGCCAGUCACAUGUUUGUGGUCGUCAACAGCAACCCCAUCGAGCUGGAGAUCAAGUCGUGGUUGGUGACGGGAGACAGCCUGUCCGUGGAGCUGAUCCGGUCGGAGCGGGGGAACAGAACCACGGUGCUGUCCCGGGUCCGAGAGCUGCAGAACGCCACCGCAUCCGACCACACAUCCGUAAUCCUGGCCUCAGGCUACAGCGCGGUGUUCAGGGUCACUCUGGUGGCGAGAGGACUGGAGGGGGCGUAUGACGGUGCUGUGCACCUCAGGACAGACUACGAGAUAUUAACAAUACCAGUGAAAGCUGUGGUCGCAGUGGGAACACUGGAGAGCUCACCCAAGCACAUCAUUCUUCCUCCCUCGUUUCCGGGGAAGAGCGUGCACCAGGGUUUCAGCAUCACCAGCUCCUUCUACCAGACGGUGAAGCUGCUGCAGAUCCGCGCCCUGACGGAGGACGUGCGCUUCUACUACAGAAGGCUCCGGAACAGCAAGGACCAGCUGGAGCCGCGACGCAAGUCCAAGGUGGCAAAUAUUUAUUUCGACUCGAGUCUGCAGUGUGGGGAUCACUGCUACGUCGGUCUGCCGUUCGUAUUGAAAUCCGAAUCCAAGCCGCACGGGCUGCUGAUGCAGGAGGAUAUGUGGGAUUCGGACGUCGACUUGCACCAGACGCUUCUCAAGAGGUGGAAGGAACUGAAGGAGUCCUCGGGGCAAGAGGUCGAAGCUCUGUUUGAGGUGAACACCGACCUGCAGAAAAACGUGCAGGCUAAAAUCUCAGCCAGGAUGACGUGGCCAUCGAUAAUCAACUCCUCACCAAUCCUCUUCCCUCUGACCAACACCAACAGCUCCUCAGAAAAGCAGGUGGUCUUGGAAAACCCCGCGGAUGUGCCAGUCUAUGUGCAGCUCCUUCCUGUGGCUCUCUACCCGAAUCCGUCCAGCUUCGCUGAGCGGGUUUUGACAGUUUUGGGGUUCGUGCUGAUUGACAGCUGCAGUGGCGGUUUUGAGCACAUAAGGGAUAGGUUGUGUGGAAGGACCUUCAACAUCAACACCAACACACUGGAGUUCCAGGUGCACAAAAACCAAACUUCCCCCAAUAAGAAGGGCCCAGGGUUUACCGAAGGAACCACGCGACCGUUUGUUUACAACGUCCUGCUGUUGCCUGGAGAAGCCAAGUCCUUCACCGUGAAGUUCACUCCCGUCAGUAACCGCACUGUGACAUCCCUGCUCAUCGUCAGGAAUAACCUGACGGUGGUGGACUACGUGGUGGUCCGGGGCCAGGGCACCACGGAGAGCCUGAAGGUCGCGGGGAAGUCUGCGGGCCCUGGGAGCUCCCUGCGGUUUAAGAUGACCGAGUCCCUGCUGAAGGACUGCACAGAGAAGUUGAAGCUGAAGGAGCCGAACUUCACGCUCAGGAGAACGUUUAAAGUGGAGAACACGGGACAGCUGCCCAUUCACAUCCGCUCCACCGAGAUCAGCGGUCACGCCUGCGAGGGCCACGGAUUCAAAGUCCUCAACUGUCAGGAAUUUGCACUUAAACCAAAUGCUUCGAAAGAUAUCGUCAUACUGUUUACUCCUGAUUUCACGGCCUCACGGGUGAUCCGCGAGCUGAAGCUGGUGACGGCGGGCGGCUCAGAGUUUGUGUUCGUGCUCAACGCCUCGCUGCCCUAUCACAUGCUGGCAACCUGCGCCGAGGCCCUGCCACGCCCAAGCUGGGAGCUGGAGCUGUACAUCAUCAUCUCCCUCAUCAUGAGCUCCAUGUUCCUGUUGGUCAUCGUCACAGCCUACCUGGAGGCACAGGGCAUCUGGGAGCCGUUUAAGAGACGCCUAUCUUUCGAAGCAUCCAACGCUCCCAUGGAAACGGGGAGACCCUUCGAUCUCAGGGAAAUCGUACGCAUUCAGUCUGACUCAAACUUGAACGAGUACGGCGAGACGAACCACGCCUCCUCGCGGGGGGUCUACAGCUCGGGGUCGUCCUCCUCGUCCCGUGCCGGCGGGCGGCAGUGCCCCCCCCAGUCCCACUCGCACAGCCUGGAGGGCCUGAGGUCCCGCAUGAGCUACAGCAACCGGGCGUCUAUGCAACUGGCCUCCGCCUCCGGCCAGCUCGCGGGCAGAGGGGACGCGCUGACCAGCCGGAAGGCCAGGAACGGCAGGCAGCAGCAGCAGCAGCAGCAGCAGCAGCAGAACCAGGCCUCCGGCCCGCUGGAGCAGCAGGGCCCGGCGGUACCGGCGUCGGCCCAGAGGCCGCAUCCCGAGGCCGGGGCCCGGCACAGCUCCGAGGACUCGGACUACACCGGCCUGCUGGAGGCCAUGGACCGGGACCUGGGGGGCCCCGAGACGCCGCCGCCCGAGGUGUUCCAGGAGCAGCCCCCGUCCCCGGCCGCACACGGCAAAGCUGCAGCAGCGAAGGGGAAAGUCCAGCGUAAAAAUAAGGCCCAGAAGAAGCGCGAGGAGAAGGAGCGCCGGACGAAGGCCCGGCCCCAGGGCGAGGAGCUGAAGGAGGCCCCGCUGGACAACGACGACAGCUCCUCCACCACCACAGAGACCUCCAACCCAGACGUGGAGGCCAGCAUCAAAGAGGAACCAGUGAAGAAAAAAGGCAGACCGAUCACACCAGACAAAGAGAAGGAAGACAGGCCAGCGUUCCCCAUAAAACCCAAAAACAAGAAGACCGCCAACGUUAAGAAGGACAUCCCAGCCGAAGUCAAGGCCAGUUCACUGGAGCUGCCGUAUGUCACACCCCUGGAAAACAAACGAAAAAUCUUCCCUAAAAACGUGAUUCACCCGGCACUAGCAGGAGCCCCCAAAAGCAGAAAUUUACAGAAACAGAGAGUGCCCUGUGGGAAGUCGGAGGACUGCCGGCCCUUGCCUCUCGGAAAGUUCCGGUCUAACGGCUCCGUGCCGGAGCUGGGGAACAGCAGCAGCUCCGAGGGGGAGAAGGACUCGCCCCCCCCCGAGUGGGACUCUGUCCCGCUCCUCAAAUCCGGCAGCACUGCAGACAGCCUCCAGCAGAUCUCCAUACAGACCAUGAACGCAGACCCCUUCCUGAAGAGGCCCAUCUCCGCCAUCUCCUGCUCCCCUCCCCCCACCCCCCUCACCCUGGUGCCCCGCGGGUCCUACAGCAGCGUGGUCAAUGCCAACAGCGAGACCGGUGUAAAAAGUGCGACCGGGAAUAAGAACAAGCUGACCAAAUCCACAUCUCUGCCGGGCAAAAACGGGAACCCAACCUUCGCCGCUGUGGCAGCGGGCUACGACAAGAGUCCAGGCGGCAGUGGGCCAGCGAAGGGGGCGGGGACUAAGGCCGAGGCUCCUGGGACCAUCCACCACAUGAUGUCGGUGGAGAGCGACGGAUCUGACAGUUCUGGAUUAUGGAGCCCCAUCAACUCCGCCACCAGCCCCAGUUACAACCCUGUCAACUCCUUCUCGGCCUUCGGACCCAACAACACCUUCAACCUGUCCGGAGUCUUCAGCGACAUGACGUUCCCGAAGGCCCAGGAGCCCCAGCCGAGCUGGGCCGACUUCAGCGGCGUGCCCUCCUCCAUCUGGGACGCCCCCGCCCCGGACCCCCUGCACUCCUGGCCCAGCAGCUCCGGGUCGCCCACGGCCCCCACCGCGUCCAUCCUCGGCAACGGCAGUGGGCUGUGGUCCUCCACCACUCCGUACAGCAGCUCCAUCUGGUCGGCCAGCGGGGACAGCGGCCUGCACCCCUACACUCCGCCCGCCGCCGGGCCCCUGGGCGACCUGAUGGGGCCCCCCGAGGCCCCCGCCCCGGCCAGCCACGGCCCCACGGAGCUGGGCCGCGCCUACAACCCCUGGAGCAUGUGGCGUCCCACCCUGGGCCGGAGGAGCUCCGAACCCUGGCCCAGCCCCCCGGACAACGGCAACUGAGAACCCCCCCCCCCCCCCCCCACCGCGUUCCCCUCUCCGCCCUGGCCCAGCCCCCCCCCCACCGCGUUCCCCUCUCCGCCCUGGCCCAGCCCCCCCGGACAAUGGCAACUGAGAACCCCCCCCCCCCCUACCGCGUUCCCCUCUCUGCCGAACAGGAAUUCACGCCAUGGACGUUUUUUUUUUUUUUUUAAAGCAGAAUUUGUACGCAAAAACACAAACGGUUCUGUGGAUGCUUCCCAUCACAGAGAUCGAGGCCAGAACACCAUACAGUAUCCCUCUGGCACCCCAACUCUGUCCCCCACAGACCGGGGGUGCAGGACGCUUUGAGCUGCUUUUUAUCAUUUUUGGAAGCCUUAUUUAAAUCCGGUUUUUAAUUGGGACACCCCCCCCCUCCCCCUCCAUAAAAAAGGAAAAUGUUCAUAAUAAGGACUAAUAUUGCCCUUAUAGGGAUUUCUUUUUUUCUUUCAAUUUUAAAGUUUACCCUUUUUAAGUAAUACUGCAUUGUUUUGGUAUUGUAUGGUACAGUAUUACUCCCUGAAAAGCACUUUGUUUAAAGCUCACCAGUCCCUCAGACACAUUAACAUGGUUGCCGAUGGCAUUAAAGGAUGUUUUGGCCGAAUAGGAAGCGGUUAACAGGUAAACUUGAACUGUUGGUACGGUAAUUAUUACUGACUUUGUCAGGAGCAUUAUGUGCCCUUACUCACCUCCAUGCAUUUUAACUGCUGUGGAACUGAAACGUCCAUCUCCAAAUCCUCAAAAGCAGUUUUCCCCACGGUUUUUCUCUUUUUAAAAUCCAAAGGAUAGGUUUUUUUUUUUAAAUGUUGGCUGUUGGAUUUUUUCAGGAGAGUAUUAUUUCAGAAUUUCCAAUUGGCACAGUUCAUCUCUUAUUUCUGUCAUGUUCAGAGUGUCAGAUUCAAAUAAAACAUGGGACAGAA